AUGAAUCCUUUCCUUACUCCAAGAUUUGGAAGUAAGAGGAGAGUGGUCGUUUCUGUUUGUUACGUGGAGAUUCUGUGGUUAACAGUGGUAAGUUCCAUGACACUUUUUUUAUCCACAAUUUUUCUACCUUUUUGUUGGCUGCACUUUACGGUUGAAACGUUUCCGGAUUCAUUGGUUGAUCCACAUAAAUGUGGUCUUAGCUCUGCUGGAUUUGUUUGUGAUCCAGAUCACAUCCUUAAACCUUUUAGUAACACGCUUUCUGGUGCAGAAUAUUUAUCUCAGUAUUUGCAACAAAUUCGCUACAUAACCAACUGCUCAUGCAUAGAGGAAGACAUUGCAUACGGUAGUUGUCCUGUGAUAGAUGCACAUGGAUAUACACUAUCAAUUGUUAUUAUGGCAUCAAUUGAUUUGAAUACGACUACAACCAAUAAAGAAGACGUCAAUCACGCUGUUGAAAAACUUGCGCAAGCUUUACGUCGACGUUAUAAUCGCGGUCAGUGUGCCGAUGAUGCGUUAAUCGUGGUACUUACAGAUUGGGAAGUGCUUUCAGAACCUUUAUUUGCUGAAAAGAAUUAUUUGUAUGGACUGACUUUUUUGGUAAAUCGCUACGCACAACUUUUACAAUUUUCCCAUCGAGAAUCUAAGAAAAUUUAUUGGUGGAUGGAGUUGAGGUCUCGUAUUGCAAGAAGUAGUUGGCUUACUGUUUUGCUUGGUCUUCUUGUUAUAGUAAAUUUUCUUAUUCUAUUUAUUUUACUAAUCAUACGGUGUGCCUGUCGAGAAAAACAAACCUAUACAUUAGGUCGAAGGCAAACAGCUUCUUGA